AACUUUUUUUUCUUCUUAUUUGGCUUUGUUCAUCGCCAUCAUUAGCAACAAAGGUAACAACCACAACAACAAAGUCCCCCACCUCUUCAAAGUUUUUAUCUUUUCUUCAUAUUUCAACUACCCCAAGAAGCCAUAUUGACAGGGAGAGAGAGAGAGAGAGAGAAAAAAAAAAAAAGAUAGCUAGUAUAGUUAAUUCAGUUAGGCCUCUUUGGUUCACUUUCUUUUGAGCUAGCAGAUCUUAUUUUUUCCUCAGAAUUCUAUGAAAUCUGAUAUGGUUUCUUGUAUCUGGUCAGCAAAAACCGUCAUUUUGAACAAGUGCGCGACCAAAUUUCAGCUACUACCUUAAUUUUCUGAUCUGGGGUCUUCCUAUUUUUGUCUUUAGAGUUCUCUGUUUUAUUACCAUUUGGCUUUUCUAAGUGUAAUGAGAUCAAGAAUUGAAGUUUUGUUUCCAAUUCCUUGAUCAGAUUUAAAGUUUGAAAAGAGGUUUUUUUCUUCUGAUUUGUGUUUUCUUUCUUGAAUUUUGAAUUGUCUUUUCAAUGGAAGAAGAUCAAGAAUUCAAGCAUGUAUGCAAGUUUUGUAGCAAAAGCUUCCCCUGUGGUAGAUCCUUGGGUGGUCAUAUGAGGUCUCACAUGACUAACAACAAUAAUUCAGCUGAAACAGAUAAAAAGCCCGGCAAGAAAAAGCUUAUUUCUGUCAAUAACGUUGGCAAUGAUGCUAACACUGAAACCGGUCUGGAAGCUGGGAUUAAUGGUGGUUAUAUUCUCAGAGAGAACCCCAAGAAGACAUGGAGACUAGCAGAUUCAAGUGAAGACACUUCAGUUCAUGACAAGGUCUGCAAAGAGUGUGGCAAAGGUUUUCAAUCUUGGAAAGCAUUGUUUGGUCACAUGAAGUGUCAUUCAGAGAAAGAAAGAGCUUCCAAUAAUAGCUUGGUGGAGCAAGAUUCUUGGACUAGUGCUAACCAAAAGCUGAUCAUGGAUAGCCAAUCUGACAAUGAAACUGCUGCCCCAAGUAAAGGGAGGAGAUCCAAAAGAAGAACAAGGUACAUGGGCACUGCAAAUUCUUCUACCUUCUCUUUAACUAACCAUGCUUCCUCUUCCAUGUCUGAGAUUGAGCAAGAACAAGAAGAGGUUGCUCUAAGCUUGAUGAUGCUUUCUAGAGAUGUGAAUCAUUGGGCUGGCUUGAAUUCUGUUGCUGAAUCUUCUGAUAACAACUCUGUGUUUUUGGAAGCUAAAAUUGAUAUCAAAGCUUCCAUCUGUAAUGGUAAGGUGGUUCAGAAGUUGAAAAAACAGAAAGAGAAGAAGUUAGAAUCUGCUACAGUGGAUUCUAAGACUUUCCAAACUGGAGCUGGACAAUCAGAAUUUUGUGCUUUUGGCCUGUCAAAAACUGGGGUUAUUAGAGUGAAUAAAAGUAAAAAUGAAGUUUCUGUUGAUGAGUCAGUCAAGUUUGAAAGAAACAGUAAGUCCCAGUUAGAUGGUCAGUUUGGAGCAGAAAAUUCUGAAGUUCAACUAGGCAAGAAUUUUGUGAUACAAACUGGAGUGAAUCGAUCUCAACUGGGUUCCAAUAAGUUGAAUUCAAGCAAGAGGAAGUUACAAGACUUCUCUUGUGAUCCUGAACUGAAAUCAGGUUCUGUGAACAAAUUGACAACUGCUGUUCUUGAUUCUGAAUUCUGUCAGGAUCCUCAUAAGAGAAGCAAGUUUGAAUGCACUACUUGUAACAAGAUCUUUCACUCUUACCAAGCUCUAGGAGGUCAUAGAGCUAGCCAUAAAAAAAUCAAGGGCUGCUUUGCUUCAAGAAUUGACAGCAGUGAAAAUAGCAUCGAAACUGAAAACUCUCCUGACCCAGCAGCCGAUGGCAAGCUUGUCAAAUCAAUUGGCAAUGAAACCCCCGUUGCUCGCUUAGCUGCCGACAGUGAUGACAAGGCUGAGGUAAGCUAUGGGGCUAAGAAGAUAAAAGGGCAUGAGUGCCCCAUUUGUCUCAAGGUUUUCCCAUCAGGCCAAGCCUUAGGUGGUCACAAGAGAUCUCAUUUAGUCGCCGAGGCAAAAGAGAACCAAACCAUUGUCAUUCAAAAGCCAAUUCCUGAAAUUCGUGAUUUUCUUGAUCUUAAUCUGCCUGCUCCUGUUGAAGAAGAAACCAGUGGUCAUGUGGGGUUCAAGCCAUGGUGGGCUGGAAGCAGCCACAAGCACGAAGCAUUAGUGGGGUUGAUUUCCAACUGAGUUUCCAAAUCCUUUCAUCGCCAUGGUUUUCCAAUAAAGAUUCAAAGAGUGUACACUGUACAGUACAAAAGCAAAGCUUCUGCAUAUUAUUUGAUUCAUUCUUUACAGAUUCAAGAAUUCACCAAAGGUACUGCUGCUUACAAGUUUUUCCAUUAACCUCUUUUUGUUCUUACUUUCUCUAUUCAUUCUGAUUUUGCUUCUAGGCCUGUUGAUCUGUUAUGACUUGAAACUUGGAUACUGUAAUUGAAUAUUUCAAGCUUCUCCUUGUCAUAUUUGGAAUGUACUUUUCAAUGAAAAGCAACUGUUUUUGAGGGCAAUUAUUUUUUCUUGGCACCAAAGGAGAAAUGAGUGAAGUGUUGAAAAUUGAAUUGGUGUGUGAAGUCAUGGGAAAAGAUAAAAGCAUUUUUAUAAUGUACACAAGGAUGGCAUGUGAGCUCAAAGAUGGUUGUUUAGUCACCUACCAUAAAGCAUGACUAUCCAUCUCA